CAUUUCUAAUGUGUUAGGGUGGGUACCGUCUGAUGAAUGAUGUGCUGUAGCUUUAAGAGCGGAAACAGCUCCUGUUCGCUCCUCCACCCUCCCUUCCUUCUCUUCUGUUCAAUGACGCUCUACAGCAUCGCUUUCACCGAACGAGACACGAAGCAACUACAGGUUGUUUGACUCCGAAAAUGCCGGGCCAGGUGUGAUCUUGGUAUAUUCCACACAGUCUCUUUCACCAACCCCUGUGUUCUCCGUCAAGAUGGCAUCAUGUGUUUCCGGCUGCUCUCCAGUGGUGAGGUUCUGUCAGAAGCUGAACCGGCUAAAGACGUUGGAGGACGACAUGAUGGCAACUUCACUGAAACGCUGUCUGUCCACAGUGGACCUCGCGCUGCUUGGUGUUGGUGGCAUGGUGGGUUCAGGCCUGUAUGUUCUCACGGGAACCGUUGCUAAAGACACUGCAGGACCGGCUGUAGUGGUGUCUUUCAUCAUAGCCGGGGUGGCGUCUCUCAUGGCAGCACUGUGUUAUGCUGAGUUUGGCGCCCGUGUACCAAAGACAGGCUCCGCCUACAUGUUCACGUACGUCUCUGUUGGGGAAAUCUGGGCAUUCCUGAUUGGCUGGAAUGUCAUUUUAGAGUAUAUGAUUGGUGGGGCGGCAGUAGCGCGUGCAUGGAGUGGAUAUCUGGACUCUAUUUUCAAUCAUCGCAUUCAGAACUUCACCGAGAGUCAUGUGAUGCGUUGGGAUGUGCCCUUCAUUGCUAAUUACCCAGACCUCUUAGCAGCCGCCAUCCUCCUAGUGGCUUCCUUUUUCAUUUCAUUUGGUGUUCGUGUCUCAUCUUGGCUAAACCACAUCUUCUCAGCCGUCAGUAUGGCAGUCAUUGUUUUUAUCUUGGUGUUUGGCUUUGUACUGGCCGACCCGGUCAACUGGAGCAGUCGGGAGGGAGGCUUUGCCCCCUUUGGACUUUCAGGUAUUCUGGCAGGAACUGCAACAUGCUUCUAUGCCUUCGUUGGCUUUGAUGUGAUCGCGGCUUCCAGCGAGGAGGCCAGCAAUCCUCAGAGGGCUGUUCCUGCAGCGACGGCAAUCUCACUAGGCCUGGCAGCCACAGCAUAUGUCCUGGUGUCCACGGUUCUUACGUUGAUGGUUCCAUGGCAUACGCUCGACCCAAACUCGGCGCUCUCAGAUGCGUUCUACAGACGAGGAUAUAGCUGGGCCGGGUUCAUCGUGGCUGUGGGAUCCAUCUGUGCCAUGAACACGGUGUUGCUUAGCAACCUCUUCUCCCUUCCACGGAUCGUGUAUGCCAUGGCAGAGGAUGGCCUUUUCUUCUCCGUCUUUUCCCGUGUAAACCCUGUAACCAAAGUCCCGGUGAUCGCAAUUCUAGUUUUUGGCAGCCUUAUGUCAAUCCUUGCCCUCAUCUUUGAUCUGGAAGCUCUGGUCCAGUUCCUCUCUAUUGGCACUCUGCUUGCUUACACUUUUGUAGCGGCCAGCAUCAUAGUGCUCCGCUUCCAGCCGGAUAAAAGCAGUGGGAGCUCAGGAGGAGGUGGAAUCAAGACCAACGCUUCAUCCACAUCUUCAGUGAACCAGUCGGGCCAGCCGGUGGAUCCGUCUGUGGGGACGAAUGAGACCCAGACCUUUGCGCCGGACGGUGGAGAGCUGAAGGAGUAUGAGUCCUUCUCUGAUAAACUUCAGCUGGUGGAGCGGCAGAAGUCGGUGAAGGAGAGAGGGGCUCCAGGGACACUGAAGGCCUGCUGGGAGCCGUAUCUGGGCCGGAUAGUGGGGGGCUGUGAGCCAGGCGGGGUGGUGGCCUUCUCUGUGCUCGCUCUGAUGGUCAGUGGAGUCUGUCUUUGUGCUGUGCUGGUGUUUGGGAAUGACCAGCUCAAUCUGCCUGUGUGGAGCUUCACCCUGCUGCUGGUCAUCUUCAGUCUGGUCUUCCUGCUCAGUCUGGCUCUCAUCUGGGUCCAUGAACAGCAGCCCAAUCAUAAGACUUUUCAGGUCCCUCUGGUGCCAUUCGUUCCUGGCUUCAGCAUCCUUCUGAAUGUAUUUCUCAUGCUGAAGUUAAGUCCACUCACCUGGAUCCGUUUCGCUGUAUGGCUUGCAGCAGGUCUUCUGGUGUAUUUCGGCUAUGGUAUCUGGCACAGUAAGGAGGGUUUGAGGGAGAAGCAGGGGCAGGAAGUGGCAGCACGAUACGUGGUCCUUCCCAGCGGCAGCCUGGUGGAGACCGUCCAGAACGUCCAGCCUGAAGGACACACUCUCAGCACACACUCACCAACCCACGAUAAUGCACCUGCCAGCAGAUGAUCUGAUCACACCGAGGUGUGUUCACAGUACACCCGCAUGCCUGCCUGUUCUGUUCCUCCUGGUUUUCUUUCUCUUCAGUUUACUGACAAAUGACAACGGUUUAUCAAAACGAAGGGUUAAAGGAAUAUUCUAGGUUCAGUAACUUGUCAAAUAAUGUUGGUUCCCACAAAAAAAUUAUUUGGACUUCCCCCAUUUCCUUUAAAAAAUCAAUAGAGGUAAAUGGAACCCAUUUUGGAGCAGAAAUGUGUACCUUAUUAUUUUAUGAACAAUUAUUCUGUUAAAACUGUAUUAUUUUAGCUGUAAACAAUUUGAGCUGUCAUUGCAAAAAAAAAAAAAAAAAAUGGUGAGGACCGAUUGGCCCAAUUCACUUACUUUGAAAGUAUCUCACUGUAAUCCAGAUUUUUUGCCAUUUUUAAAGAAAAUAAAUGAAGUGCAUUGUAAUUUUUGUGGUAAUCAACAUUAUGCAACAAAUGCUGUUGACUGGUCUUAACCUGAACUGACCCCAACAUAUUACUUUAAUAUUGUAUUUGAGCAACCAUUGUCAACGUCCUUGUUCACCAUCCUAAUGAAAUACGGCCGUUUAUUUUCUUUGUUGUUUAUACAAACACGCGCGCACACACACACAUGCAAAUACUUUGCUGGCCAUCAUUUCAAUUUAACAGCAGGCAGGAACUAUCAACAUAUCAAGUGAAUAUACUUAAAACAUAACAUAUUUACACACCUAUUACUUUUGCAGUCUGGGUCACAAACACACACUCCUUAAACACACACUAACCUCAGUGGCUCUGUUUCCACCCUCUUUCUCCAUGUUUUGUUUUCCUCUACUUCUCUGCACCUUAUAAAUAUUUAUUUUUAUAAUACAGUAUAACUGUAUUUUUAUUUCUUUUUCAGCAUAUACUGGAACAGAGAUCAUGUUUUAAUCUUGUCAACCUUUCAUGGUGAUUCUUCUCUGUUUAUCAUGUGUGUUUGUACGAUAAGCUCAGUAUGAACUGCCUCUGAGUAACCAGGUUUUAUUUGUGUCCACUGCCACACCUCACUAAAACAACACCUACCCCAGUGCUCACUAAUCUUUAUUCCCACACUUAGAUCCGCACAUCUCAUGUGACAUUCCCACAUACUAAACCACCCUCAUUCUCACACUUACUCACUCAGUGUUGCGUGACACAGAUGGAAUUGGUACCUGCGAAACUCGCUGUUUAUUUAGCUGGGUCAGUGACAUUUAUUUUAGUUUUUGUCCAGGUCUAUACAUUUCUUUGAAAAUGAAAUCCUGCUAGCCCGAGGAAGGUUGAUUUGACCGAGAUCUUGCAUUAAAAAAUCAAAUCAAAAUUGUGUUACAACUGUCCUGAAACAGAACGAGGAAAAAAGGCUCAUUAAAAUGAUGAAAUUAUUAAAAAAAGAAAUAAUCUUAUAUUCUUUUAUUUCUUAGAAAAAAGGCAGUGAAGUGGCCUCUCUAUUUAAAAAGAGUACAUUUCUAAGAACAUGAAAUCGAUUUAAAAUAAAAAAUGUCCCUUUCUUAAUUUUAAACACUCUUAUUUGUCAUUGUCCCAGCUAAGUGUGUAUUAGAAAUAUGGCUUUAGAAUUUCUGUUGACUUUAAAGAUUAACUCAUUUUAUGUUGUUAGAAUAGUCACAGUUAUAAUGGCAACCUUACAUACACAGUCUUGAGAAUUUCUGGCGCCCUAAAAACACCAUUGUGUCCUUCUGAGAGCUUCAGUUUGUGGACUGACCCUAUUAGUAUUAAGGCUAAAUUUGCUUUGGAUAGGAACAUGCGUGUUAAUGACUAAUAAUAAUAUAUACUUCCAUUGAACACAACUACAAUAUUGUUAUUGAAGAUAGUUUUCUUAGUACAAGGACGACAGAAAAGUGCAUUAAAUGUGCAGUGGAUGCUGUUGGGACAGCAGAUAUUGGAAAAUAUGCCAUGCAAAAGCAAAGAUGGGAUAUUACCCUUCACAAGCCCCUGUAAUCUCCCUCACCCCCUAGAUUUACAGCAUCCCCUCCCUCACAGAUUGACCCAGAUUAUCUGUGUACAGAGAAUCAGUGCAGCUGGAGAGUAUUAGAUAGCACUACACUCAUUCACUACCAUGACCAAUGUCAUUCUACUUCCUGCUGUUUCUGCUUCAUCAUGCUAACUCCAUUAUAAACAUACAACAAAGACCAAUCAAAUUUUGACCAAUCAUAUCCACUCAGCAUGUGAGAUUUAAUCAAAGAGCACUUUACAGGUUACUGGAUGUACCACAAGUUUAUUUAGUGCUUUGAAAUAUAGUUAAGUAAGGAAGCAUGUGUUUUUGUUGAUGUAUUCGGACUUGUAUGUUUUCAUUCACACUCCAAUCCCAGUGUUGUGUGGAGUCGUAACCACACUACAUAAUGACUACUGGAUCGCACCCAUGAGACUUUGAUUAAAUGACAUUAUCUGUGCAGCCAGUCUUACUAACCACAUCUAACAAGCUGAACUAAGGCUGCUUGCACCUGGUAUGAGCGUCCAUCUCAAUUGCUCAGCUGACAUAGACCUGCAUCGUCAUACGGUGCAAAAAUGUAACAAAACACAAUAAAUAUAUCCCACUGCUGUUUCGUUAUAAUCUUUAUAAUCUGACGACAAAAAUGAUGUUGUCAUCUUGUCAUGUUAAUAUAAGAAGAUUAUGUGAAGCUUUGCUAUCGAUUAUCAAUAUGAUUUAUUUAUUCUAUUGUUUUCUUUUAAAACUGUACAUAGCAGGCACAGUUUAAAACGUAACAAGAAUUAUUUGAACACCAAAUUGUGUUGUUUGACAGCUUAGUAUUUACAUUCCUCUAAAUGAUUAACACUCCUUUUUAUUUGUAUAUACAGUGAAUGUAAGGCUAAAUGCUUCCUCACACACAGCACUAGACUAAUGGCUGUUCUUCAUGUCACUGAUGUGCUGAUAAGGGUAAAAGGCCCACUUCAUCACACCCAUCCACUGCUUCAGAUACAACAUCAGUACUCCCUUUAUUGAGUGCACUGGUGUUUGUUCAAAGCCUUUCUAUUGAGGUUUGUAUUCUCAGUCGUGUAGCAGCUGUCUUGUAUUUGUAUCAAAGCCUGUCUGCUAGUCCAGUUCGCUGUAUAAUCCACUUCACGUCUUUCUGGCAGCCAGACUUAGUUGUGUAAUGCAUACACGAAAAAUAGUAAAUGAAGGCACAAUAUCCAGUUAAGAUAUAAAUACUCUAUUUGUGUUAGUAAAUAUAGCACACCUAACCAAUGGCCUUAAUGAUGCAGAUACUGAAGCAUUCCCAAAGUUUUACAUACAGACUAUAGUCUUCUUUGUAAUUUUGUGGUAUUUAAUAUUAUUAUUCAAUCAAAGAUAUAAAAAUGAUUAUAAAGCUGAGAUCUUGUUUGAAAGAAUUUUGGAUGCAACUCUUUUUUUUUUUGGCCUUUCUUUCCUCUUUGUACAGCUUCUGUAUAUCAGGUUGUGUUUGCCUCGCCCUGUUCACUUGCACUGUCAUCUCUUUCAAAAGCACCGCUUAAGAAAUGUCCUUUGUUGUGUCACUGAACAUAUACCUCUAUUUUGUGUCUUUGUAACAUUCUGUUAUUAAAUUGUAUCAUGUGAUGAUUAAAUGUUUUGAAGCAUCA